GUUGUCUUCUACCAAUCAUGUCUGAGAACGGCUCGCUGCGGUGCUCAACAUUCGACGAUGGAUGGCAGGAACCUAGCUCAAGGUAUUAAUAUUACUGUUAACAGAUACAACACGGGGCUUCACGACAACUACGUGCCAUUGUCGAUAACGUGGUUUGUCACGGUCGUGCUGCACUAUUCAAUGUGUAUCUGACACCGAACUUCAUGAUCUUAGCCAGAUCAGCAGAUCUUGUGAAAUUCCGGUUAUUUUCUUCUCAUGGCUACGGAGAAACGUUAAACCAUCUUCCUAGUAGAACUAGACUGUUUCUAUGCAAAUGGAACUCCCCAUUCCUGAGCCCUGCUUCUCUGUCAAGCAGAGUUAAACGUUGUACGGCAGGGUUUGAGGGUCAAGAUUAUAUGAGGAACGAGGCUCACCGUGCCUUCUAGAGGUACACGGCGACUCUCCCAUUCAUCUUCCUUCACGGUGUGUUGGCCUAAGGAUGACGUUGCCACUCCGAGUCAAGCCUCGCCUUCGCCUCGACCCAAUGCAUUGCCACCGUCAUCGAACUUCCUCAUUACUUCUGGAUAUGCAACUAUAUAGCCCCUCUAUUAAAAUGGUCAAGCAGGCUGGGCUUGGUGAAAUGAUCUCUUGCCCAGUCUUUGGAGAUCAUGGUAAGGUCGAAGGCAAAGUUAUGCUAGAUCCUAACUGCUCACAAAACGGUCGGCUGAACAUAUCUAUCGAAGGCGUGUUUGAGUAUGUCUCCGUAAAGGAGGAUCUAGACGACGAAUCUGCCCAGGGACCUAAAACUUCGAAAUACAAGCACAUAUUCUUAUCAUCCUCUGCCGUUAUUCCUAUUUCACCCAUCCCUGACCCGUUUUCUGUUGUUUGCGACGUGUUUGGGGUAUCACAACUUCUCAGUGACUCGGGUUUGACUGGCCCUGCGUCUAGAUCAUGCGAAUUCAGCUUUGAAAUUCCUCGCGGCAGUCGACCAGGGGAAGAGAUGCCUCCCACUUUCUGUGCUUCGAUGCCUUGCGAUAACAGGCAAGGGGGCCUGUCUGUUGUGGAGAAGGCUGAAGUGUCUUAUCGCGUUACUGCACUGUGGGAGCCCUCAGAUAUGUUGGAGACCAGAGGGAUGCUGGAAGUUCCUAUUCUUUUUCAUCCGGACACAGACUUUCAGUCUAUGGAUGGUUCCAAUAUCGUGCCAGAAUUAUGGCUCGAAAUGCCUCUUACACCAGAGCGAUCUGUUCCAUUCCAUUGCGCUGUCACUCUGCCGCGCCCGCAAACGUUUUCUCGACGUACCUCUGUCCCAUAUUUUGUUGUAUUUACAACAAAACCUCGAUGUGCCGUACUUGCCCAAGAAAUUGCCGCCGAUGCCACCAUUGCUGUUUCUCUGGUCCGUAAAGUUACCAUCAAGCCCCAGCUACCCCCUACUUCCCUUGACGCCACACAACUCAGUGACGAUUCAGAUAGUUCACCAGGCCAUCUUCCGAUGUCACGGACCAAGCUCCUAAAGCGUGCACCAACGCCGGCUGGAACUACAGUAAUUCGCGUACCCAAGUCCCCUGAAGAGCCUUUCUCAGCUACCGUCCGGUACAAACCACUCCCUGAAUUACCACAAGCCUUCUCGGAAACUCAUAUUGUAAAAACACAAGUGUCUGUUGGAUUUCCAAAGCGGCCCCGUUAUCCUAAUGGCCCUAGUGGUUGUGAAAGCCAGAUGUAUCUGCCCGAUGGCCUUUAUAAGGGCAAAUUCUGGUUGUCAAAGGAUAUAAUACCAGGAGUCGAUUGGCCUGGUGUUAGCGUUAAGUAUUAUUUGGACGUCACUGUUCUCUUUCGGCAGGACGCGUUAAGGGCAUGCGUUCCUAUUCGAGUUUUCUAAGGCAUCCAAUCGUCAAUUCACUGUCUAGGGCUCUGUUCGUUCAAAAGUACUGUCUGUUUUUUGUCGUUGUGGAUUGUCUGAACAAAGUUAACAUGGUUAUUCGUCACUUUAUUGCAUUAAUGUUAUUAUCAAGUACACAUCAUCAAAAUACAAAUUGUAUUAAUACCAUGCAUACAUCUUGACACCA